GUAGAACUGAGUCGUUGGGAUCCGAAAUGCAAGUAAAAAUCCCCGAGUUGGUUGGCAAGUUGAGAAAGGAAAGCAGCAGCGGAAGCAAGGCUUCGCCUUCUCCCAUAAACGGAUGGUCUCUUCAAAGACGAGAAUGGUCUCCUCUUCCGUCCUUGUCUCCAUCGUCCAAAUGCAGGACUAACCAGCCCAAUCCGUCCGGCUUUGUACGUGACAAUUUAAAAUAAGGAUAUGCUGAUGGGUUUCUUCCAUUUUGUUACCGGCCCCACAGGCAGUGGACCAACCGCGUUGACCUCUAUUCCAUUUAGACACAAUUCAUAAAGGUUAGUUUCUCAAAUUUAAAUAUAAAAUCCUUAUGACACUCACCUUGAAUAUCAAACAUUACGAAAAGGUUAUCAGCAAACUCCAAGUUUCGUCCUAUGACUUGUGACAUUCGCCUUGAGACAAAAAUCUGAGAAAUGCUCAAAUCUGCAACAUAUUUGUCCUCUGUUCGAAUCAUAUAAUAAAUUUCAAAGAAACAAAUACUACUGAAUUCUUCUUCUCAAUGGGAACCUUUGUGCGUUUCACAAGAGAAACGCAAUCUGCACUACAGCUGCAUCAUCGAAAUUCAUGGAACAAUUAAGUGGAUCCACAGGUGCUAUUUAUUUAUUGUUCAGCUUCUUCCCCAGAAUCGUGGCGCACAAGAAUUUAGCGGAAGAGGCAACCAAUAUAGCUCUGCGAUAUGAUUAAUGAUGCAAAAUAGUAUGCGCUGCAUAUUUAUACGUCCAAUAUAUCACUAGACUGGGUUAUUUCAUAACAACUCUAAUCUUACACCAUAAUUUUAUAGUAUAAAUUAAUUUCUCUCAAGACGUGCAAGCUGUGCAGUGUAUGCGUACACAAGUUCAAGUUGACAUCUCAAGUUUAUAUAAAUUAAUUAGGACAACAUAACUUAACAAUGUAUCGUAAGUCAGACUUUGUUUUAUGGGAAAAGACAAUUAAGUUCGUGCGCAAACAACUCAACUGAACUCUAGGAUGUAAAAGAAUAGAAAAAUCAACGUGCAUUCAGAAGGAGCUAUUCUUCAAAUAACACUAAACCAUAACGUUCUCCCAGCGAAGCGGGCGUUAUUAAGAACAUAAAUCAAAUUACAAUUUCGUAGGCUUAUAAAAACUCAAGAUCCACUGCAGGGUUAGGCGACCUUCAUUAAGUUUUUUUUCUAGUGGCCAAGUUGUGAGACGCACUCAAAAAUUGUGAAGCUGUAAUAUUCCAGUUAAACACACAUUGCAUUUGCAGAAACUUACCCACUUUAACGUCUUCAUGAUUUGCAUAGUAAAUAAACCAUCUUAAACGGAAGUAACAAAGGGGUGAAAUAAGACGCAGUUGCAAGUUCGUUACAGGUAAAAAACUGUCAGAACUAAAAUUUCGACAUUUUUGGCGUAUAAUAUCGCUGUUAAGGUUACCAGGUCAUCUCAGGUUAAAAUAACAUAUCCCGUUGGAUGUUGGAUAGCCCCGCAAAAAAAACCUAUUGAAAGUUUAACUCCUGAUACAUAUGAUCCCUUGUCCUUUAAAGUAUGACCUGUGACCUGACGUCGUGACAUUUUGACCUCAACGGUUAGUCAACGACCUUGACCUAAGUCUGACCCUUCGUCUUGAUUUUAAAAAAAUUGACUAAAUAAAGUCGAUCCGUUCGAAAGUUAUAGCUCGACAGGACGGACAGAGUAUGAUACAUAAAGUUGUUUCACCCAAUUAAUAACGUGAAAAAAGCUAAAUAUAUCUAUUUUUAGGAAAUGCUACAAAAUUGUGUAAUUUACAUGUUUAAUGAACAGGAAUGGGUAUGGGCUUGUUUAUUAGCAAAAGGUGAUUAAACUAAUUACCACCAUCUUGGCAAAUUACUUUGUACGGGGGAGACUAGGAGGAGGAGGAGGAGGAAAGAAGGCGUUGGAAAACCGGGCAAAAUGUUUCCAGAUAAUGGUACCGGCAUCAAAUGCUGGAGACCUCGCCUCAGCGUGGGAACACAAAACAUGGUGGAGAAAGUUUGGUCGAUGCCAUCAUGUUCAACUCCUCACCAAAAAACUGCUUUUCAAACAAACUUUUCAUUCAGUUUAACCUGGUGCAAGCAAUAAUGCACUAUAUUUUGUAGAUUUUCUCGUAACAUUUACCCUGCAUCCAGAUCAGGACAAAGUGGCUGAUUUCUGAAUAAAAUUAAAACCGAGGCGAAGAGGAUGGAAGGUCACGAAGUUAACAUUCACCAACUCGCAACACGAGUGUCGAUGGAAAUCCCCCUCAUGCUUCAAUACAAAUCCUUUUCCAAUGAUCUCCAGAAAGCAGCGACCUCAGAGGAAGUCCGUCUGGUGGACUUUGAACAUUCUCUUCUUCACAAAAUCAAAGGAGAAAGCUUGGACGUGAAGCUACGGAAUAUGGUCUACUACUGGCUCAAGGAACGCUGUUCCGGUUUCAAAUCAUUUACUUCUGAACCGUUGGAUUACAUGAAGAGAUUUCAGGAAUCCUGGGAAGCUCGAAUAUGGAAAUCAAUUAUUUCAAUGGCCACAAAUAUGGGGGCCCCAUUGGCCAAAGGCAGACUCAACUCGGAACAAGAGAACGUUGAGGAAAACUGGAGCGAAUUUAGUCAAUGGGAUAUUGACUUGAGCAGAUUCAAGCCGGUCUACUCACCCAAGGACUUCCUGGACUGCAUCCUGCAUAUUUCCAGCCCCAACUAUAACUUGAAUGGGUCUGAAAAACUGUGGAGUUCAUUGGCAUCGGUACCCAUCAAAGUCAAGUCGCUCAGAGAGUUGAAAUGCUUGUUUGGAGAUCUGACCACAGGAGAAACCCACUACGGCCUUAUGAGACAGUUGGAGCUCGACGGAGAAAGUUAUGCCGUUUCCAGUCCCAAACUCGUUCAUUUCCAGCGUGCAAAAGUCGGAGAGAUUGUGGAUUCCAAAGGGUUGGCUCCGGUGGCUCAAGAGUUUUUGAAGAAAGGCUGUCCUACAGCUCUUCGGGGAACAAUUUACCAACACAUUCUGGGAUCUCACAUUGCUAAAGAGCAUUUGCAGUACUACCAUGAACUGAGACAAGCCGUGAUCAAAUCGGACCUUCUCAUCGAUCGCCUUACUCUGAAGGAUGUUCAACUAACUGCUGCAAAUGAUGACCAAUAUUUCGUAUUUGAAGACUCCUUGUACCAAGUUCUUCUAUGUUUCAACCGCGACGUUGGUCUUUUGGAUCUUUUCGAACGAAGUAACAAAAAACCGUUGACCGCAACCUGCAAAGCCAACAACAAGAACCAAGAUGCCAUUGUGGUCUAUCCGCCAAAUGGGAUCGUCCCCUUCCACGGUUUCUCCAUGUAUGUUGCUCCUCUUUGCUACCUAUACGACGAACCGGAGCCCUUGUACUUCACCUUCCGUGCCCUUUAUUCCCGAUACUUUUUUAGACUUCAUGAAAUUUCCUCUCACGAAAACGGGAUUGUAGGACUUUGCAUCCUCUUUGAAAAACUGCUUCACCGACAUGAGACGCAGCUAUGGUUUCAUCUCCGAUCUUUGCGCGUCCUUCCUUUGCGUGUGGUGUUCAAAUGGUUGAUGAAAGGAUUCAGCGGCUACCUUCCGGCAGAGCAGGUGCUUCAACUGUGGGACCUUCUUCUGGCCUACGACUCCAUCCAUAUUUUUGCCCUCUUUGCAGUCGGAGUGCUCAGCAUUCGAAAGGAAAAUUUAAUGAAAGCUCAACAGCCCCAGAUCGUGGAUGCCGUGCUGGCAGAUUUGUCGUCCAUCAAGGUUCUCCCCGUAUUGCAACUCGCCCUUUCCAAGGAGGCCUUUUAAUCAAGUGUACCAGCGCAUUUCCUGUUUGUGCACACGUUUUUUUUCCUCUUCAUCAUCACAAUUAUGUGUACAUACAAAUGUACCUACGUGAAUCACUGGAGUGCUGUACGUACAUAUGCGUCUCAGUUACAUAAUUAUUAUUUCAGCAAGUAUGUAUCACUCAAAAAGCUCCGGUGGGAAAUUAGAUCGAUGACCCGGUUUACAUGGAACGCAACGCUUCAAGUACCGUCUCUGAUUGCUUGAAUAUAAAAAUCCCUCAGUACAACGCGGCACAGUCCGGCGUUCUGUGCGCCACGAAAAUACGACUCCCUUGAUGGGAGUCAUCCUCUUCGUUGGUCUAAACAUGGUUUUAUACAAUGCUAGCCUGUGACUCCACACUUGCUGACAAUGUAUCUACAAGCUACUUCUACCCACUAUUUCUAAUUUAGCCAACUAUGUAUGAACUUGAAAUAUGAUAGAAAUUCGUGAAAAAUGUGUUCAUAUGAAUUAUCGGACCUAAUUUAUGGCGUGGUUGUACAAUGUGAAAAUAAAAUUUAGCAAACAACAGACAAAGUUUUCCAGAGAUUAAGUAACUUUACUUGUCAUAUUUAAUAUUUAGAUCUAGAGCACAAUGUAUGAUGUCAAAUCAUCUACACACAAUAAUUAAUAAUGCCUUCUUCUCAUUGUAUCAUUCUAGAAAAUAAUUUACAUAGCACAACAA